UGCAUCUUAGAUAGCGUAAUACACAUGACAUAUUCAACAUGGCGUUGCUGGUUUGGGGAGUAACGCUACUGCUUCUGUCGUCCUCUCUCGCCGUGUUCGAGCCUGGAUGCAGCUUCAUGAACAACCAAUGUGUCUACAACGUCAAACUGGGACACGAGGGUCAGUGUGAUACCCAGAGAACAGCGACCACUACCGGAGGGGGUUCGGACAACUGCUGCAAUGCCGUACAGGGCAACAUGAACAAUCUACAGGGCGUGGUGGACGACCUCGUGAAGCAGAUGCAUGGAGUUCAGCAGAAACUAGGAAUGAACCAAUCAGCGUCCGUCUUACUGAACAAAACAACCAAUGAGAGGGACCAGUUACUGCAAGAGCUGACUGCCAAGGCGGCAGCACUGAACACGUCACAGGCCAACCUGGCACAACUUGUACAGCAGUCGGCCAAUGCCAUUCAGAAAACCCUCAACAACUGUAAAGGCGUUCUUGGUCUGCGAACAAGCAAUGUCAGCCAGUCCACAGCUUCAGAUGACUACACGGUGUCAUUGUGCACAUUCGAGAAUACCAAUUGCGGAUACACUGAUCUUAGUUCUGUGAACAAGUGGAAGAUUGGGCAUGGUAUAGAGAACCGUUAUAUCGGCCCUCAAGAAGACCACACAACUGGCGCACCAAAGGGAACCUACAUGUACAUUGAUCCGACAUCAGGAGAUUACGACUACCAUAGGACCAACAGAACCUUCUACCUCGCCUCCCCCGACUUCCAACCCGCCCCUGCCUACUGUGUCAGGUUCUGGUACAACUUGGACGGUGCAGAUGCCAGAUCUCUUCUGGUGUACGCCAAGGUUGGCUCAGGUCUUGGUUAUCCCAUUUGGCGAAGCUAUGGAAACCAUGGGCAAACAUGGCAUCUUGCUGAGAUUAACGUGGACUCUGAAUUUACAAGUCAACCGUUCAAGGUGGUGUUGGCUGCAGUCACAGAUGCCUACAAGGUCCGCCUAGGUUUCGCACCAUACUACCGGGACGAAAACGAAAAGGAUAUCGCAGCCAUUGACGAUGUAUACGUCUACAACACGACAUGCACCAAUAUCCCAAGCUGCCCACCUGGAGCCAUAACACGCAAAGGGAACCUGGUACCAGAGCGCCGAGGCCUGCCGCCAAGAGUGGCCACCACCUCGCACCUGGUGACGAUCACAUCUAAAGAAGAGCAGGACUUCCUUGUCAGCACUAUCAAGCAAAGUGCUGUGUUGAAUGCCGCUGGCGGCUAUGGCUGGUACACAGGCGGAAAUGACGAAAGGAGUGAGGGCAUGUUUGAUUGGACAGACACCGGCCUUCCAUACCAGAGUGCGUACAGCGACUGGCACCAGGGACAGCCCAACAACGUUGCCAACGACCAGAACUGCCUGCUGCUUCAAUACGCUAACGCCAACUAUGAAUGGGGAGACGUGGACUGCGACGAGGCACACCCGUACAUCUGCGAAGUGGAACUGCCUGUGGUGUAACAAAACAGCGUUUAUCUACACUGUACUCAUCUGGAUAUAAGUAUAAUGUGACAACUACGUACAUGAAACAUUGCAUCUCCAAUGUAAUACUAAUAAAUUAAUGCAUUUGAA